UGCUUUCACAUGUCGUCCUCCUUCCUUGGGUUUAAAGACCCUUCCGUUCACUCGCGCUCUUCUCUAAAACCCUUGCUUUCACUCUCUCUCUCUCUCUAAAACCCUUAAAGCCUUGGAGACCAGAGCGAGAAGAGGAGAAAAAAAGUAGACUGGUUUGAAAAGGAGAGGGAAACAAGGUAGAGAGACAAAAUAAUCGUCUUUGCUGCAAAGGGAGAGAGAGAAUGGGUUUCUUUGCGCCAACUCGUGUAAUGGAAAUUGUGAAGAAACAGACGGGCGGUCUUCUUUGGAAGAGGAUCAAGCUCACCACAACUCGCAAAGCCAAUGCCAAGAAGCGUCUCCUUCGAGUUUGGCAGAAUGAAGCUGUUUUGAAGGCUUGUUCUGAACCUCCUCUUGAAAAAACAUCGACAACAGAUGGUGAUGGUGCCCAGAAGACCUAGGGAGUAAGCAUGUAUGGUCAAUAUAUUGUGCAAUGUGCAUUUUGCUAAAGUGUAGGGAAAGUAUACAAAUGAGGGGUUUCAGUAUUUUUCAUUUUGGGUCUCACAAUACUUCUCUUUCUAGUCAUUGGAUUGCAAGUUGAAGAAACAUCUCAUAUAUUCAGAAGUGGGUCUUUUUGCAAUUUCGUAUUCUGUCAAGAUACUUGGUCGCUUUCUUUAACAAUAUUUUCUUUUUCUUUUUUUUGUUUCUUUUGUUUUUUGAAUCUGUAUUAUUAGUACAAUGAGAUGAUGUUCCUUUAGUGGUGACUGUUUUUUAUA